AUGUCAGACAAAUUUGGUUCGUACGUGUCGUCGGACGAAAGACACACAUUGUCUAACAAUCCAUUGCUGGCCGACAAGAAUUAUGGCCAUCAUUGGGUGAACCAUUCGGAAAACUUCGUGGAUCCAGCGACUGGUGCACACACCCAGACGCUCGUGGGUGUGUGGGAAGUUUGCGUCAAGCGCUUUCUGAAAACAAUGCGUGGAAUUCGAAAGAAUGCCCACCUCGGCACCUCACAACCGAUUUCACCACUGAACCGCCAUGACAAGACAACGCACUCAGCUGUCCAACACUAUCAGGCAGAAGUGCGAGCAUCUUCGACUCUUCGACGAACAUUGCAUCAGUUGUCGCAAGUUUGCGCUGAACGCUGUGCCUCGAAGUACUCUCUCGACUUGACGGAUCAGGUCACAAAGCUUGUUGCAACUAGCAAUGCGAAACGAGCCGUCCUCGGUGGACAAGGCACGAAGUGCAUCAUCCCAUUCCAACGUGAUCUGCCCAUGUUCAUGGAGGACGUCCGCAGAGAUGAGCAUAUUCUGACAUCCAUGUACACCAUCAACUUCAUGAAGACCCACUACAACGAUUGGCUGCUGCAGUAUCAAGCCAACAAGCCGAACCAUACAAGACCUUGCUGCGUCUGUGCCAAAAGGUUCGCGCACAGACACCGCUUCUAUCAACAUGUGGCCUGUCAUUUCAUGCUUCCUACAUCCGACAUUGUUCAAAUCCGUGACAACUUUGCCAGCAAGAUCGGGAGCAAGUACGACGGGCACAAUCUGCGCGACAUCAUCAACGUCACGAGACGGUCGUUUACUACGACAUGCCCCCGGGGAAGAUUUGGGCCGAAUUGA